AUGAAUGACCUGCUGAAGGUGUCCCUGGUACACGUCCUCACCCUGGCAGCCCUUAGCUUGGCUGAGACACCUCUGAAAGCUCCUUUGAUCAGCACUCCUCUGGAAACAGUGGAUGCCCUGGUAGAAGAUGUUGCCAAGUUUGUCUGUGUAGUGGAGUCAUAUCCUGAGCCGGAGAUUACAUGGACACGCAACAGCAUUCCCAUCAGGCUGUUUGACACACGUUACAGCAUCCAGAGGAAUGGGCAGCUCCUGACCAUCCUGAGUGUGGAGGACAGUGAUGAUGGGGUGUACUGCUGCACAGCAGAUAAUGGUGUUGGAGCAGCUGCGCAGAGCUGUGGGGCUCUCCAGGUGAAAAUGCGACCCAAAAUAACCCGUCCACCUAUAAAUGUGGAAAUAAUAGAAGGGUUAAAGGCUGUUCUUCCAUGCACUACAAUGGGAAAUCCAAAGCCUUCUGUUUCAUGGGUCAAAGGAGAAACAGUUGUAAAGGAGAAUGCUCGCAUUGCUGUCCUCGAUUCUGGGAAUUUAAGGAUACACAAUGUUCAAAGAGAAGAUGCAGGAGAGUAUCGUUGUGUAGCCAAGAACAGUUUGGGCACAGCCUAUUCGAAACCUGCAACUGUGGUGGUGGAAGUGUUUGCCAGAAUCCUGAAGGCUCCUGAAUCCCAAAACAUCACCUUUGGGUCUGUGGUGACAUUGCGGUGCACAGCGACCGGUCUUCCAGUCCCUACUGUCACCUGGCUGGAAAAUGGGAAAGCUGUUUCUGCGGGAUCCAUAGCAGAAAGUGUCAAGGACAGGGUGGUUGAUUCCAGACUGCAGGUAUAUGUCACCCGACCUGGCCUGUUCACUUGUCUUGCCACAAACAAGCACAGCAAAACUUUUGGAGCCGCAAAAGCAGCAGCAACCAUCAGCAUUUCAGAAUGGAGCAAGCUGUACAAGGGUGACACAGGCUACUGCAGCACAUACAGAGGUGAGGUGUGUAGUGCUAUCUUGGCGAAGAAUGCUCUUGUUUUCUUCAACUCCUCGUAUACUGACCCAGAGGAGACCCAAGAGCUGCUUGUGCACACUGCCUGGACUGAACUGAAAAUGGUGAGUUCAUUCUGCCAACCGGCUGCUGAGUCUCUGCUGUGUAACUACAUCUUCCAGGAGUGCAAUCCCUCGGGAGCUGGGCCAGCUCCAAAGCCAGUGUGCAGAGAGAAUUGCCUUGCUGUAAAGGAUCUCUACUGCUUUAAGGAAUGGCUCUCAAUGGAGGAGAAUUCUCAGAAGGGGAUUUACAAGCCAGGGCUGAUGCUGCUCACUCUACCUGAAUGCAACAGGUUGCCAAGCCUGCACCAGAAUCCCAGCUCCUGCACCCACAUCCCUUUCUUUGAUUUUAAGGAGGCGAACAUAACCAGGACUUGCUACAGUGGCAAUGGCCAGUUUUACCAGGGCACUGCCAAUGUCACAUCAUCUGGCAUUCCCUGCCAGAAGUGGAGUGAUCAGGCUCCCCAUUUGCACAGGAGGACUCCUCAGGUUUUCCCUGAGCUGUUUGAUGCUGAGAAUUACUGCCGCAAUCCAGGAGGUGAGAAUGAGCGACCCUGGUGCUACACAAAGGAUCCAGCUGUGACCUGGGAAUACUGCAGCGUGUCUCCUUGUGGAGAGGCAUUGUUAUCACUGGGAACAAGAAAACCAAAUGGAGAGACUCUAAAUCUUCCCCCUCCUCCUCCAUUUUCCCCUACAUACUCCAUGACCGUUAUCAUCUCAAUCAUCUCCAGCUUUGCUCUGGUCGUGAUCUUUGGCAUUAUCACCCUGGUUUGCUGCCGUCGUCGAAAACUGUGGAAAAACAAAAAAAGAGAGUCAGAGACACCAACUCUUACCACUCUGCCCUCUGAACUGCUCCUGGACAGGCUGCACCCCAACCCAAUGUACCAGCGCAUGCCUCUUCUCCUCAAUCCAAAACUGCUGAGCCUGGAGUAUCCCAGGAACAAUAUUGAAUAUGUGAGAGAUAUUGGAGAGGGAGCAUUUGGGAGAGUCUUCCAAGCCAGGGCCCCAGGGCUGCUGCCAUAUGAACCUUUCACCAUGGUAGCAGUAAAAAUGCUGAAGGAGGAAGCAUCUGCAGACAUGCAGGCUGACUUUCAGAGGGAAGCAGCUCUCAUGGCAGAGUUUGACAACCCGAAUAUUGUCAAGCUUUUAGGCGUGUGUGCAGUUGGGAAGCCGAUGUGCCUGCUGUUCGAGUACAUGGCCUAUGGGGAUCUGAACGAGUACCUGCGUGACCGCUCGCCCCGCAACCUCUGCAGCCUGGCACAGGGCAGUCUGGACACAAGGCUUCGCCUCCCGAACCCCCUGGCGCUGUGCUGCACCAGCCAGCUCUGCAUUGCCAAGCAGGUUGCUGCUGGUAUGGCAUACCUCUCCGAGCGCAAGUUUGUCCACCGGGAUUUGGCCACCAGGAACUGCCUGGUGGGGGAGAACAUGGUGGUCAAAAUUGCUGAUUUUGGUCUCUCGCGGAACAUGUAUUCAGCUGACUAUUACAAGGCGAAUGAGAACGAUGCCAUCCCCAUCCGCUGGAUGCCCCCUGAGUCCAUUUUCUACAACCGCUACACCACAGAGUCUGAUGUGUGGGCCUACGGAGUGGUGCUGUGGGAGAUCUUCUCCUAUGGCAUGCAGCCCUACUAUGGGAUGGCUCAUGAGGAGGUCAUCUACUAUGUGAGGGAUGGGAAUGUCCUCUCCUGCCCAGACAACUGUCCCCUGGAGCUCUACAACCUGAUGCGUCUCUGCUGGAGCAAGCUGCCUGCUGACCGGCCAGGCUUUGCCAGCAUCCACCGCAUCUUGGAGCGCAUGUACGAGAGGGCUGUGGCCAACAUGUCUGUCUGA